AGCUUCCGAGACCUCGUCAAAGUCCUUGACCCGAGGUACGUUAUGCCCAGUCGUAAGCACUUCAGUAAAGUCGAGUUGCCUCGCUUAUAUAACGCAUGCCGGGCCGAAGUAGAGAAGGAUGUUCGCAGUGUGGUCCAUUAUGCCUUGACAACUGACCUGUGGACGAGCAGAGCUACGCAGCCCUACAUGAGCGUAACCAUCCAUUACAUCAGCAAAGACUGGAUCCUCCGUGCUCGCUGUUUACAGACUGCGUACUUUCCAGAUGACCACACGGGAGCCAUGAUAGCCCAAGGUCUGAGAGAUGCACUGGAGACAUGGGGACUGCAAGAAUGCCACCUUGUCUGUGUCACCACGGAUAAUGCCACUAACAACAUCUCUGCAAUGGAACUGAAUGAGUGGGAACGGCUACAGUGCUUUGGUCAUCGUCUACAGCUAGCCAUUGAGAACGCUCUGAAAGCUCUCACACCAGCAUCUACAAAGCAGGCUGUGGAACGUGCAGUUGGAGUCUGUAAAAAGGUGGUCAGUGCCUUCUCCAACUCAUGGAAGAGAAAACGUGACUUGGCCAAGGCACAAGCAGUGCUGGGCUUGCCUCCCCAUCAGCUCAUAACUGAAACCCCUACAAGAUGGGGCUCUCGGCAGCAGAUGAUAGAGAGGUUCCUUGAACAGGAGAAAGCUCUUUCACAGGUCCUCCUUGCAGACAAGAAGGCAAGACACCUGGUGCCAAGCUGGCAAGACAUGGUGUUGCUAGAGUCCUUAAACACAGCACUGGGUCCACUGUUCGAGUUUAUUGAUGCUUUGUCGGGGGAGAAGUAUGUCAGCGUAUCUUUUCUGAAGCCGGUACUGCACCUCUUUAACAACGAAAUCCUCAGCCAGAAGGAUGGGGAUACAGAGCUCACAAAAGCAAUAAAAGAGGGCAUUCUCAAGUACCUUAAUGAAAAGUAUGAUGACCAUACCACCAACAACCUUCUGGACAUGGCGACACUUGUUGACCCACGGUUUAAGACAGCCUACAUGAAGGAAGAGAGGGUGGAGUUCAUAAAAAUGAGAGCUGCAGCAGAGCUGGUGGACAUGGCAGCACCUGAAAGUGCACAAACAGAAGCAGCCUCCAUUUCACCCCCAGCUGCUGAAGAUAAUCCAGAGCUUCCCUGUCCCCAUCCCACAAAGAAAACAAAGAAGAGUUUGGGUAGCUACUUCAAAAAGGCAGGUCAAGGUACCACCCACUCCCAGCCAAGCAGAGCAUCCAUUGAACUGGAGCUCUCCAUGUAUCUUCAGGCACCUGGGCCUGACUCGGAGACCGACCCUCUGGAAUGGUGGAGGCAGCAUGAGUUGAGUUUCCCAUCGGUGGCCAGGCUCGCCAAGAAGUACUUAAGCAUUCCCGCUACUAGUUCUUCAUCUGAAAGGGCCUUCAGUGCGAGUGGGAACAUCAUCACAUGUAAGAGGUCAUGUCUUAAGCCAAACACAGUUGACCAACUUGUCUUCCUCGCACUCAACCUCUAAAUUUGACAGAGACAUUUUUUCUACUUUUACAAAGUAGCCUUUU